UCAUGCCACUGUCCAGCACUUUUGUCUUUGCUCAAAGAGCCCUCCCAAUUCCUUUGCCACCUGUCUCUCAGAAGGCAAAACAGCAUAAAGCAGAGACACCUUUCUUUUUGCUUUCCUCCCCAAUCUAACCUCAAAUGGCGAGACCAAAACGCCAGUCCGCCACCGGACAGAGUUCCUCCGUGGCCUCGCUGAGCACACCAAAGCGGACAACUCGCACGACCCGAGGCCUUGUUGCCACAUCCAUCGAUCGUUCGAGCGUCGGAACCCCACCUCAAGGGGAAAGCGACAACAGCAGCGACGAAGAGAUAGUGGUUCGCCCAACACGAAGAGUUGCCAGAGGCGUCGUCCUACCGCAAAUAUCAGCGAUGGAGCGUUCUGCGUACAAGAAACCUGCCACGAAGCGCCAGAGCCCAACCGAUUCCUCACUCUCGUCGACCGAUGGACUCUCGCGCGACUCGUCCGCCGAAUACGAAACACCGGCGACCACCCCGGCGACCUCAGUGCGUGGCGGUCCCUCCAAUGCCAGCAAGCGCAAGAGAUCGAUGCUCGGCAAUGUCAUUACAAUCAAUGACUCAGAAGAUGAGGACGAUCUGACACUGGCAAUCCGCCUGCAGGAAGAAGAAUAUGCUGAGGCCGGAGCCGAACAGCCAGCGAAGAAGAAAGCUAGAGCCGUGGUGGUAGACGAUUCUGAGGAUGAUGUCAGUAUGCUCAGCGAGCUGGACACAGACGACUCGAUGCCUAUGAAGACAUCGACGAGAAAUAAGAUAUCCAAGAACCCGUCGUCAUCAGUAUCCAAGAUGCCGGUCAAGGCCGAAGCUAGCUCCAGUCGCAGUGCUAAGAAGACUCCCAUACGAAAGGCCAGCUUCAAAGCCAAGAGCUCUAUCAGCAAGACUGUGAAGAAGCAGAUCCCAGACAGCGAAGAUGACGAGCUGAGUGAAGUCGACAGCGAAGACUUUGUCGUUGACUCCUCGGAGCCGGCCGAAUCUACUGGUGUUAGUGACACUGAGUCUGACAUUCCGCUUGCUGUUGCCCGUCCCGCGCCAGCUCUUGUCAAACGUGGCGCGGCUAGAGGUCGCGGACGACGUACUGCCAAAGCGGCUCGGCGACAUGGCAGAAUCACUGCAGAGCAAGCAGCUCAGAUCGCUGCUGACCUCGAAUCAAUGGUCGGCCUGGGCAGAAAGGAGCGCGAACGUAAGAAAUUGGAAAAAGCGCACCCAGGCAUCAAGACCAUGUGGACGGACCUGGAGAAGAUUCCUGUCAUUCAGCCAGAGGCGGCUCUUCAGCCCGAUAGUAUCAACCGCAAGCUCAAGCCAUUCCAACUUGAAGGUCUCAACUGGAUGAUCAAGCAGGAGAAGACACACUACAAGGGCGGACUGCUCGGCGAUGAGAUGGGCAUGGGCAAGACGAUCCAAGCCGUGUCACUGAUCAUGUCCGACUAUCCACAGAAGGAACCGACUCUUGUUCUCAUGCCGCCUGUCGCUCUGAUGCAAUGGAAGACGGAGAUCGAGGAGUAUACAGACGGGAAGCUCAAGGUUCUAGUCUACCACGGACAGAACAACAAGGUCAAGAACAUGUCGGUCAAGAAGCUCAAGGAGUUCGAUGUCAUCCUGAUAUCUUACAACAGCUUGGAGUCGCUGCAUCGCAAGGAGAUCAAAGGCUGGUCCCGGGGUGAAGACAUCGUCAAGGAGGAUUCGCCCAUCCAUGCCAUUCACUACCAUCGGCUCAUCCUCGACGAGGCUCACAGUAUCAAGUCUCGCACCACAGGAGUAGCGAAAGCGUGCUUUGCUCUGAAAGGCACUUACAAGUGGUGUCUAUCAGGCACUCCGGUGCAGAACCGCAUUGGCGAAUUCUUCUCGCUUCUCCGAUUCCUCGAAGUACGUCCUUUCGCGGAUUACUUCUGCAAGAAAUGCCCUUGUGCCAUGCUCCACUGGCAGCUGGACGAUGACCACAUGUGCAAGGAGUGCAAGCAUGCCGGAAUGGAGCAUGUGUCGGUGUUCAACCAGGAACUGCUCAACCCACUUACGCAAUCUGAAGAGGCAGAGGACCGUGCCGAGGCUAUGGCCAAGCUGCACCUUAUCACCGCCCGCAUCAUGCUUCGUCGCAUGAAACGCGAUCACACUAGCUCUAUGGAACUACCGCCCAAGGAGGUCAUCAUCCACAAUGAGUUCUUCGGACCGAUUGAGCGUGACUUCUCGUCCAGCAUCAUGAGCAAUACGGCUCGUACUUUCGACACAUACGUUGCUCGGGGUGUGAUGCUCAACAACUAUGCCAACAUCUUCGGUCUGAUCAUGCAGAUGCGGCAAGUCGCCAAUCACCCCGAUCUUCUGUUGAAGAAGAAUGCCCACGAAGGCCAGAAUGUUCUUGUUUGUAACAUCUGCGACGAGGUGGCUGAAGAGGCCAUCCGCUCCCAGUGCAAGCACGACUUCUGCCGCGCAUGCGUCAAGUCUUACUGUCAGUCGAUCGAGCAGGAUGACGGCGAAGCUGAUUGUCCUCGCUGUCACAUUCCGCUUUCGAUCGACUUCGAUCAGCCCGAAAUCGAGCAAGACGAAGACGUGGUCAAGAAGUCUUCGAUCAUCAACCGCAUCAAAAUGGAGGACUGGACGUCUUCCACGAAGAUCGAGAUGUUGAUCUAUGACCUUUACAAGCUGCGCUCCAAGAAGCAGACUCUCAAGUCUAUCGUCUUCUCGCAGUUCACAUCGAUGCUGCAACUCAUCGAGUGGCGCCUUCGCCGUGCUGGCUUCAACACAGUGAUGCUCGAUGGAUCCAUGACGCCUAUCCAGCGCCAGCGGAGUAUCGAUCAUUUCAUGAAUACGCCAGAGUGCGAGAUCUUCCUCGUUUCGUUGAAGGCCGGAGGAGUCGCUCUGAACCUUGUCGAGGCGUCGAGAGUCUUCAUUGUCGACCCCUGGUGGAACCCCGCAGCAGAGUGGCAGUCUGCUGAUCGUUGCCAUCGCAUUGGGCAGCGUCGCCCGUGUGUCAUCACUCGUCUCUGCAUUGAGGACUCCGUGGAAUCUCGAAUUGUCAUGCUUCAAGAGAAGAAGGCCAACAUGAUCAACGGCACCAUCAACAAUGACAAGGUGGCCAUGGAGAAGCUCACGCCGGAGGACAUGCAGUUCCUGUUCCGCGGUACUUGAUUGCUUCUAUUCAACCCUGGACGCUUUUCAACACCAGGUUUUACACUCGGAGCUCGCACAUUCACGCCUUUCCCCAUUUGCUGCAAAUGAGCAUCUCAUUGCUGCAUCACCUACUUUCUAUGCGUGUCUGCCCGCAGCGGAUGUGGCAGGCAUAACAUUGCUCCGCAAAUAGUCUAGCGUGAACAGUAGCUAGAACAGAACAAACGAGAUAGAUGCUGAUAUGAUACCCGC